ACAACCACUGACAAGAUGCACCGCUAUCAAGUCGAGAACAUGGUUCAAUUAACGCUAGCGGACAUCUCUAAAUACUUAACAGUGGCUGUCUUGGACAAAGCGUUUAAAUUACGGACAAAUAGUCAAGACGUAAUUAGAUUUUUCCAAAUAACACGAGCUGCUCCUGCUGGUGAGGGAUUAAUUGGUGCUGUGUACAGGAUACGGGUUUCAGGAGAACAACAUACAGCAUCGUUCAUCGCAAAGGGAUUUGCCGGUGACGUUCUCUUGAAGAAGUCCCUAGACUGCACCAAGUACUUCGAGCGUGAAACGCGGUUCUUCUCGAAAAUUCUUCCUGUCCUCGUCGAACUGCAGGCGUCGCUUGGUGCAAAGCAUACCAUACAGAACAACAUACCUAUUUGCUACGGAUGUCACAACGACGGUGAAAAUGAUUAUUUAUUGUUAGAAGACUUAGCUGAAAGUGAUUGUAAAUCAAUAUCCGAAAACCCCACCGAAUUUGAAAGAGACAUUACUUUGGGAUCUUUGGCUCAUUUACACGCUGUAUCCUUUGCACUGCGGAUCAAAAAGCCAGAUGUGUUUGCAAGGUUUGCGAGCUCGAUUCCGGAAUUAUACUAUACAGCUGAGAAUCGCCAGUGGUACCAACGAUUUCUUCAGAAUGCUGUGAAAUUAGACCUGGACGUUUUACGGCAGUACGAAGAUGAUUCAAGUAUUUACUUACAAAAAUUCAAAAAGUUAGUGGAUGAUGAUAUCUACGAAAAGGUCAUAGAAAUAUGUUCCACUCCGGGAUGUUUUCCAGUUCUGAGCCAUGGCGAUGCUUGGUGUCCUAAUUUCCUAUGCUCCAAAGACAGGGCCGUUAUGAUAGACUUUCAAUUAUUCAGAUGUGCAUCACCUGCAACAGAUGUGACUUUGUUUUUGAUUUUAUGCAGCAACGUAUGCCGUGACAAAGAAGAUUUUUUUAAAGCUAUUGAUGUUUAUUACAAUUCUGUAACAUAUUAUCUGAAGGAUAUGGGUAUAAAUCCGGCCACGGUUAUUACGCGGCAAGACUUAAACGAAGAAUUAAGAAAAUUUGGAAAGUUUGGUUUGUUUGGCUCUAUAACAUCUAUACCUCUUCUAGCAAGCAAACGAUGCGAUGUAUUAGAAUCUUUUGAAGAGAAAUUUGCGGACUUAGAAAGAAUACCUUUAGAGGAACUCUGGGUCUUGACUCAAAUCGACGACGAAGAUCAUAAAAUGCGUUUGGUGAACGCUGUGCGAGUAAGCGUCGACACUGGACUCAUUUAAAAACUAUUAUAAAUAAAAAAUAAUAGAUUGUAAGUGCUUCGCUGCAAAGACCUUUAUCAUUCGUAAUAUUCCAUACACCAGUCGACUUUAACGGAACUAAGUUGAAGUCCUGUCCAAAUGGCGGUGCCGCAAACUGAUUUGUAAAGAAAUACUAUACAAAAACACCUGUGGCUGCGUACAGAUAAGCCCGUAGAUGAGUCGGCAGUACAUCGGAAUGUUCGGACUCGUGACCGCUAGACACCCAAAAACUAAUUAUCGCUGUGAUGGUGUAUAGCCGGCCAUUCGGUCGCUGCGUCUCACGUAUAAUGUGCUGGUGCAUAUGACCUAUCGGUUCUAUUCUCAUAUACUAUUAUACUCGGACAAUCUUUUAUGUAAAGUGGCUUGAGCAAACUGUGAAAGAUGAUUGCAAGAUUCGAACGUAUUUAUUUAUACAUAUUUUGGUUCUUUCACUAUUAACACAACCAAGUUUACUACAUUAUAUUUUACGAUAUAGUUGUCAUAUUUUUUACUUGUUUGGUAAUCACGAACAAAAUAUAAAUGGUUUUUGUUAACGUUUUUCUGCAAGCAACCGUACAUAACGACAAAGUGCAAUGACGAGAUGUAUUAAUGUACGAGUCCGGUGAUAAAUGUUGAAAAAAACUACGUCACUAUGAACAUUAUGUUUUGUUGUUGAUCUUUAUCAUUAUGAGUAGUAGUUGAGAAUUUAGAAUUUAUCCAUAACUUAAAUUUAUAUGUAUCGGACGUGUCCACUGUCGACGUGAUUCUACAAAUUGGCAAAUGAGAAUAGAAAGUUACAUGUAGAAGUGUGAAUUGAUUUAUUUUUGUUGUUUCACAAACAUUGACGCUUUUAACAUCUCGUGUACGGUGGUGUAUGCUAUGUACAUUAUCGACUGAUGCGUGUGUCAAACGUAACAGAACAGACGAAUUUCACUUAAGGCAUAUUUCUGUUACUUUCUUAUUAUUUGGUUUUGUAACAGUAAGAAAGAGAUAGAUAGACAAGGAAUUUAACGUCUAUGGUAGCAUUGGAAACUAUUCCACUCACAUCGCAGAUUCCUAAAUACAUCACAAAAUUAAAUAAAAUUUACCUUGGUUGUAUCAUGUAUGACCGUUAGAGAAUUCGUGGCAAAUAUGUGCCCCUACUGAAUAUAAAUUGGAUGAUUUUAGUUUCAUUUUAUUUGUUACAUUAAACAUUAACAGCGUUUAGGCAAAUUUUGAUCAAGGAACGUGUGGAAUAUUAAAUGGGGACAUCAUUGAGCAUGUAUUAUGCUGUCCAACUAUGUUGUCACCUGUUCAUACUCUCUAUAAGUACUACAAUAUAUACUUGGACAAUAUCGUAACCUAAAGAACUUUAGUCUAUGCAUAAUAUUUAUUCAUAAAAUAUGAAAGUCAAAUACUUAUUUAUCAAUGAAGGAGUAUUUGAUGCGUCAUUUAGACCAAGGUUACAAUAGUUUGAUGUUCGUGGAAUUAAAGUGAAAAGUUGCACUAUAUAUCGUUGGGGUUAGUGCCGUUCAAAAUUCAUACCUCCAAGCGAAUAUCUGACCUGCCCAUUUGAAAAUACCAAUUGUAAGAAUAACACCCAAACAAAUUAAUUAUAAUUACUAAAAUUUACAUCUGAUAAACCUUACAUUGUAAAAAUCAAGGAUUUUUCCUGGCAGUACUAAUGUAAACGGCCCGUCUUGUCAUUUACGAGCCCUCGAAAGAUAACCGUGAAAUUCAAUAAUUAUAAAUUGUUAUUGAAGCGUCGAAUCCGUACGCACUAAAGACAUCCGAAAUAAAAUUACGCGAGUUGAAUAAUCACUUGGUGGCGCCAACACUUUAUUUGCAUGCAGCGUUAUAUGCUUCGACUCGGUCUUCGGUUUUUGUUAUUAAAACUAAUUUUCGCAGAUUAUCUUUGACACCGCUUAUAAUUCAAAUCGUUCAACUAUGCGUUUCGAAUACGUUCAGGACGUUUUAGUGAAGCAGGUUUGGCAUGACGAAUAUCACUUUUUGCUGUUUCAAUUCUAUUACGAAUAUGUUUAUAUACUUGUUAUACCGGUUUGAGAUAUUUAAUAAAAAAAUAAUUUACUUUUAGGUAUUUAGUACUAAUUAAGAACAAGUAAUAUGAUUUCGUUAUAUUGCGUAUAGUUUUAUUCCAUUCGAUAUCCGCUAUUAUAUCGCGAAUAAGGGAUGAAAGUGUGGUAAAUCUCCCCAACAGAGAAGCAUGUAAUAAGAUAUAGGAAUUGCGAAUCAUUUGCACAAUUAAAUAAAUUAAAUAAAUAAUUAAAAA